AUGGCUUCUUCUACCGCCAACACCAGCAAUAACGACAAUACUGACGAAAAAGAUACUUCUACACACGCUCAAGUUACGCUAUUGAUAGAAAACCCCAAAAAGAAUACCAACUGGGGACCCCUCCUGCGAUGUUGCGCCGCCUUUGACAUUGCCCAAAUUUUUGUGGUCGGAUAUGACACUUGCAGCGUUCAAGGGUCGCACGGAGCCUCCAAACAUGUUGAAUUGAUAUCCUUUCCCACCCAUGGGCAAGCGGUGGAAACUUUAAAGGAGCACAAAUUUCAGCUGAUUGGGGUCUUGGGAGGAGUAGCGAAUGCCUAUGAAGGAUCCGGUUACAUGGUGCAUACCAUGGAACAACCAAUACAUCAUGCCGAGAAGGCCAAGACGGAAACCGUUGUGGCUGUCUCUACGGACCCGUCCGAUUCGGAUCAGAAGGAAAUGCCCAAAUCAUUUCCGAUCCAUUGUCGUCCAUUUCAACAGAACACUUGUUUGGUAGUUGGCAAGAGAGCUGUUGGUCUGCCUUUGCGCAUGGCGGAACAUUGUGAAAAGUUUGUUCAUGUACCACACGUAGCCGCGUUACAACCAAGCAUCAAUGCUGAUGGGACUACAAAUAACCCCAAACUAACGUCUUGGUUCACUGGAGAAGCUUGCGUAUCCAUGAUUUUGCACGAGUUUGCCUCCUGGGCCGGCUUUCAUUCCGAAACGUACCAGGGACAAAAGUACAAGGUCCUCAAAGUUAUCAAAGGAGCACCCGAAAACCAAGAAGCCAAACGCAACGAACGAAAGCGAAAGGCGGAAGAGCUGCAACAGGAAGAAGAUGACAAUGCCAAGAAUCUCUUUGGAGGUGGUGACGAUGAGGGAGAUUACUGA